UGCACGGACCGGAAGCGGCGCGGGCGGCGCGAUGGCGGGGCUGUCGGUGCGGGACCCCGCCGUGGAUCGUUCCCUGCGCUCCGUGUUCGUGGGGAACAUCCCGUAUGAGGCCACGGAGGAACAGCUGAAGGACAUUUUCUCGGAGGUUGGGCCCGUGGUCAGCUUUAGGCUGGUGUACGACAGGGAGACGGGGAAGCCCAAGGGCUAUGGCUUCUGCGAGUACCAGGACCAGGAGACGGCGCUCAGCGCCAUGCGCAACCUCAACGGGCGUGAGUUCAGCGGCAGGGCCCUGCGUGUCGACAACGCUGCCAGCGAGAAGAACAAGGAGGAGCUCAAGAGCUUGGGCACAGGUGCACCCAUCAUAGAGUCACCCUAUGGGGACCCUGUCAACCCAGAGGAUGCCCCCGAGUCCAUCAGCCGGGCAGUGGCCAGCCUGCCACCCGAGCAGAUGUUUGAGCUGAUGAAGCAGAUGAAGCUGUGUGUCCAGAACAGCCCCCAGGAAGCCAGGAACAUGCUGCUCCAGAACCCACAGCUGGCUUAUGCACUGCUGCAGGCCCAGGUGGUCAUGAGGAUUGUGGACCCAGAGAUCGCGCUGAAAAUCUUGCAUCGCCAGACCAGUGUUCCUCCUCUGAUCCCAAGCAACCAGCAGCCAGUGCCAGGGCCAGGGCCUGGGCCAGGACCGGGGCCUGGGCCAGGGCCCAAUGCACAGCUGAACCCGCAGAACACCCCAUCGUCCCAGCCACAGCCCAUAGGCGGGAUGCAUGUCAACGGUGCUCCUCCUCUGAUGCAGCCACCCAUGCAGGGGGGAGUACCAGCCCCAGGACAGAUGGCAGCCCCUGUGCAGGGCCCAGGCCCUGGUCCCAUGGCUCCAGGAGGUGGGAUGCAGCCACAGGUUGGGAUGCCAGGUGCAGGGCCCGUCCCCUUGGAGCGUGGACAAGGGAACCUGCAGCUCUCGCCCGUGGGACCUGCCAGGCCUGCGUCUAUCGAACGCGUUCAAGUGCCCAUGCCAGACCCGAGGGCCCCUAUGCAGCGUGGACCUCUACCUGCUAGUGGCCCGCCGCCCCGAGGCCUUUUGGGAGAUGCCCCGAAUGACCCUCGCGGAGGGACCCUGCUCUCAGUCACUGGAGAAGUGGAGCCCAGAGGUUACCUUGGGCCGCCCCACCAGGGAGCCCCUAUGCACCAUAUGCCUGGUCAUGACAGCCGUGGCCCCCCCCAUGAGAUGAGGGGGGGACCCAUGGGAGAACCCCGACCACUGAUGGGAGAGCCGCGGGGGCCCUUGAUGGAUGCUCGAGGUGAGAGAGGGGGCAUGAAAUACUGGGUGGUUCGGAUUGUGCAGGCAAGAAAUCAGAAUCCCCGAGGGCUGGAGCCACGAGGGCUGGAGCCACGAGGGCUGGAGCCCCGGGUGAUGGAGGCGCGAGGCCUGGAGCCACGGGUCCUGGAGCCACGAGUGCUGGAAGCCAGGGCCAUGGAGGCCAGGGGCCUGGAGCCCCGGGGCCUGGAGCCUCGAGGGCCUGGUCCCAACCCACGUGGCCCAAUGCCUGGUGGGAUACAGGGUCCUGGGCCACUUAACAUGGGAGCCAGUGGCCCGCAGGGGCCCCGCCAGGUUCCUAACAUGGCUGGGACAGGCAUCCAGGGAGGAGGCAUUCCUGGGGCAGGAGUCCAAGGAGCUGGUCAGCCUGGAGGCUUUAGCCCGGGACAGAGCCAGGUCACCCCCCAGGAUCACGAGAAGGCAGCACUGAUCAUGCAGGUCCUGCAGCUGACAGCAGACCAGAUUGCCAUGCUGCCCCCAGAACAGCGGCAGAGCAUCCUCAUUCUGAAGGAGCAAAUCCAGAAAUCCACGGGGGCACCCUGACAGGUACAGAAUGGAGAUGCCAUGUACCUGGAUAGAGGUGGUGCUCCAUGGCAGCUGCUUUGCAUUGCUGCCUGAGCUGAUGGUGCAUUUUGGGAGAGGAUGUGUCACCCUCAAGAGGUUUUUCCCUCCAGUUCUUUUUUUUUUUUCUGUGUAUAUUUUACGAUGUUUGAAAUAAACUGGGAGGAGGGUUUGAGUAAAUCCAUGUCCCUGGCUGCCUUGUUUGGUCUCUGAUGGAGGCCAGAAUGGGAGUGUUGGGUUCUGGGAGCAGUGUGGCCUUGCUCCAGUCUUGUCCAAACCACUUGCCAUCCUCUCUCCUCCCCACACCAGGGCAAGGCCUAGUCAUGGAAUUUCUUGUGCCAUACUGUUUAUAGAGGUGUAGGGGAAGGGCAGGACAGAGAGCUUGGCUUUCUGUCCCUGCUGGCAGGGCGGAAGGGCUCUGGAUCCAAUUGCAGUAUCACUUACA